CUCUCUGUAUUAUUUUAUGUGUUCCAUUAAGAGCUACGUUGCAUGACCCCAGAUGCUCUGAUAAAUUUGAUGGGAAAAAAAAACGAACAAAGACCAAUCUGUGGAUCCUUACCUGUUCCUCACAUUUUCUGUGCUAAGCCAAGCUAAGCUGAUUGGUUAUAGCUUACUGGGCUUUAGCUUUGGUGCACAGAGUCACCUUGGUCUUUCAGCAUCUGGGUGGACGCAUUCUCAGGUUUUUGUGCCUCAGACUGCUCGGUGACAGCUUCUGCCCGCAGCAGCUGAGAUCCCCGUGCCCUUUUGUCCAUUGUCCACGCCGGGGUCCUUGGCCAGCGUUUCUAGCUGUCACGUGUGUGCCCAUGCGAUGCGGGGAACGCCAGGAUCUGGCCAGGUGUGCCGCUGCCUGGCCCAUUGUGGGCCCGUCUCUGCUCACAGUCGAGCUGAGGGAACAGUGAAGAGGUGUACCUGGGCGCAGGAUGGUGAGGUGCUGUACUGCGAGCCGCCUGGAGGACUCCCCGUGUGAGGACGGGUCUCCAGCGUUGCCCAUCCAGUUCCGUCACCGGGCGCUUUGGGGCAGCCUGACGGCAGUCCUGCUCCUGGUGAUCAUAGUGCUCAGUGUCACCGGACGCCUGGCCUUUCGAUGGCCCGGCCCACAGGUGAUCAGGAUCACAGCACUGGACGGCACUGGCAGCCUGGUCAAUCAGUCGGCCACCGUGGAGCGGCGUGACAGCGCAGUGACUUACAGUGUGACCUCUGGCGGCACCAACCGCACCUCCACCAUGCUCUUUGACAUCAGACACGGGGUCAUAUGCUACAAGCCUGACAGCCAGGACACCUGCUUUCUUCGCAAGAUGGACUCGUCUGAUUAUGAAAAUCUGCAGGCCCUUCUGGGUGAUUCUACACAGAAGGUCAGUCAGUUCUGGUUUCUGGGGAAUGAGACACAGAGAUUCACGGAGUUCUUAGAAGUGCUGGGGGGCAAGCCUGUGGACACCGCGUCCCUCCCAGAGCCCUUACAGCCCCUCUGUCUGCAAAGCUCGACUUACUGGGCCCGGAAAGCCGCCGGUCCGGCAAAGCAAAGGCUCAUUUACUUUUGUAUAGACAUAUGCUUCCCGAACAACGUGUGCGUGUCUGUGUGCUUCUACUACCUGCCUGAGUAAAGGCCGACAACCGAGUGUCAGAGCCCAGGGAACAAAGUGCUCCUUCUCCUCAUCACAAAGGCAGAGAGCCCAAGCUGAAAACACUGAUGGGGAGGGGGCAGGAGGUGGCACACACACACGGUCCCCCGGCCAACCACCUCCCUGGAGGAGGAGACUAAACACCCCGUCCAGGAACAAGCAACCCUUAUCCUCACCUUUCAAUCUUUUAUACCUUUUUUUUUUGUAGUGGAAUUUGAAAGAUGAAAAGAUUCAUUGAGGUCUUCGUUUCCUGUAGCCUACAGCUGAUGACUAAGUAAAUGCACUUCUGUUGGCUAAAGUCUCUGCUUUCAAAUAAAAUGCUGCAUUGUAAUAUUCCA